AGAAUUGUUAAAUUAUGGCAGAUAUUCCCUUACAUAGUAAAUAUUUACGUUUUUCGACGAAUCAGUUGGAGCAUUCUUUUUAAAACAUGAAUACACAAACAUACAGGUAAGUAAGUAUAAGGUGUUAUUCAAAUCUGUACAUUUAAAAAUAGACGACCUAAGAUCGAACAAUAAUUUGAUUCUUGUACAAUUUUAGAAAUAACAUAAUUAAUUACAUGCACCAUAAUGAAACAAAACUCCGAAGCAUUGAUUAAACAAAAUAAGUAUGCUGAUUGAUAUCAUGAUUGAGAAAUAAAGUCAAAAAAUGAGAAAGAUGAGGUCCCAGAAUUCUACGUUCACAUGUCUUAUCCCGACCACAGAGUAUUUUACACAUUUAGAAAUGUUCUCACAAUUAAAUCCCUUUCGCAAUUUGUCUCAUGUGUCAUAAUAAUCACAUAUUUUUUUAAAUGAAAAUAAACUGGUAUGUUUAGGUGGAUUCAGUUGGAGUACUCUUUUUUUCACCGGAAAUACCGGUAGAUAAGAUAACUCUAAGUGUGUGUUAUUCAAGUAUGUCAACUUAACACCUUGUAUAUAUUUCAUAUGACCUUGGCCACCUCCCAAAUUCCAAGGAUUAUUUUCUUGCUUAACACGUACGUGUUAAAUGGACACGAAGAUCAAAGAAUUCGCAUACAAUUUUGGCUAUGCAAAGCGUGGAAUCGCGUUACUGAUACACAAUGAAGAAUAUGACCCUAACUCUGAUUUUAAUGAUAGACCCGGAGAUAAUAUAGAUUUUAAACACAUGUUGGAGAUAUUCAAGAAGCUUGGGUUUGAUGUUCGACCAUAUAGAAAUUUAACAUCAACAGAUAUAAUUCAAAAAGCAGAAGAAGUUUUAAAGAUGAAAGAUUUUAACAAAGAGUCUGACUGUUUCGUUUGUGUUAUUGCUGCACAUGGUGAAGAAAUGGUGUUUCAGAAGUCUGAUGGCCCAAAAGAACAUGUAAUAUUUGGAACUAAUGGAAAACCGGUCAGAACAAAUGAAAUUGUUGGAAUGUUUGACGAAAGAAAUUGUAAAGAGCUUGCAGAUAAACCAAAAUUUUUCUUUAUUCAGGCAUGCAGAACUGGUCGGGUUAUAGGAAAUAGAUUGGAUAUUGGUCACGAUGUAUCAAAAGUAGAUCACAUGAUGAGAGAUGAAAUUUCCAAAACCACAAAACAGAAUUCAAAUGAUCAGAUAAUAGAUGUGGAAUGUCCUGCGGAUACCUUGAUAAUGUUUGCAUCUUUAUCAAGUAACAGUGCAGUCCGAACCCCUUGUACUGGCGGAUGGUUGUUAGCUAGUCUUUAUAAUCAAAUUCAGGAAUACAUAAAAAAUGACAAAAUAUGGUCGAUUGAAUUUACUCAGGUUCUCAAUAGUACUUUGAAAGAAAUGGCCACAAAGUUCUACAAACCAUCUGAUGAAACCUCAAAAUGGUAUGGAGCAUUUUCUCCUGGUUGUUUUACUCAUACUUUGUGUGCAGAUGUUUUAUUCAAUAAGAAACUGUGAACAUUAACUUUCGAUUAAAGAGCCGUAAAAGAAAUAUGCCGUAUUUUGUUUCUGUUAACUAUUUCGAUUUUGUUUAAAUAUGGCGGUAAAAAUGUGUAGCCAAAUAGAACGUGUAGGAAGACAUAAACAAACAAAAAUGCACACAAAAAGCGAUGUAACCGAAUAUUAAAGGUCUAUAUGUAACUAAGUGUUAAAAAAGAGAAAGUAUGCCAAUGACACUUUUUUAGGAAACUUGAGUUCAUCAGUAUAUCAAUAUUUAUAAAUUUGCCACAUUAUGUAAUAUUUGUAAAAAAUAUGUUGUUGUUAUUUGAAUAGUCUUGGCUCAUAUUUUGUUUGUGCAAUAACUGUGUAAAAUUGAUGUAUUGGGUCAAAUAUGAAAAUUCGAUAUAUCAUGUUCAUGGUGACAUUAUAUUGUCAUCACAACUGACGAUUCUUCACAAAGAGUCCAUAUUAUAUAAAUCUAGGUGAUUUGUUAAUAAAAUUAACAUAUUUCUUAAAAGCUUGAAAGCUUAUUUUUGCAAUUUCAGUGUUCUUUUUCCGUUGAAUAUAGUACUUUUAGACACGAAUGAGAUGGCUAUGUAAGCUCCUUGUCUUCGUGGUUUAGGUAUAGGCUGAUAUUUUUUUAAUUAUUUGAAAUACAUCAAAAUGAUCAAAGUUUUAAAAAAAAACAAAAAAAAACACCAAUUUUUUACAGACGAGCAAUGACAGAUUCGGCAAUUUUGUAAAUGAUUCUAAAUAGACGUUUAAUUUCAUUUCGGCGACUUAUUCGUUUAUUCUGUUUAUCCAGUCAUGUAAAAGUAAAUUUUGGCUGAUAAAUUUAUCUUAUAAAAUAUUUAUAACUUCAUUUAAGAAACAUUUUUUUCUUAGAUGUAUUUAGGAGGACCUUUCGAACUUUUGGGGUCCAUUCACAAGAAUGAAGGACAUUUAUUUUUUUACAUUAAUCAGUACAC